CUGCUCCAGAACAUAGACGUGAAGUACCGAUCCCAGGUUGUGAGCUUGCUCAAGUGGCUCGCCUCGUCGAAAGAGGUCCUCACGCUUGAAGAGUUCGCUGAAGUAUUUGUCCUCCGUCCCGAGCACGACGUCCCCCUCAACAAGUCAGAUCGGCUAUUCGCGCCUAAAAAUGUUCUUAGAUACGUGUCCAGCCUAGUCGUUACUCAAGACGGCAACCGCGGUUACAGCCCUGCGAAUGUCCGCCUAGCCCAUUUCACAAUCAAGGAGUACCUAACGUCUGCUCGUAUUGCCGAGGGCCCGGCCGCAACAUUCGCCUUCACUGAGCCCAAUGCCCACCUGCAUAUUGCGCACUGUUGCCUCGCCUAUCAUCACCAUCUCGUCAGCAUUUCCGAUGCAAACGAUGAAGAUUUCCCUCUGAGAGAGUACGCAAUCUACAACUGGAUGCUGCAUCUAGAGUUGGUGCAGCGCGAGUUAUGGCCGGACAAGCUCGCCCAACUUGCUGCACGCGCCCUCGCCACACGUAGUGAGAGCCUGCGCAUAAUCCUCGGAAGAAAUGGGAUUUUCUACCCGAAGAAACUCGAUUUUGGGGAACCAUGGUAUUCCAGGAUGCUACUGCGACCCCUUUGCUACACCGCCAGGCGCGGAUUCCUCGGGCUCACGAAACUGCUGCUCUCUGAGCACCCCGACACAAACCGGUACGUGACGCCUAAGGACCUGGAUACAGCGCUCCAGGAGGCGGCGUUUGGAGGUCAUGCGGAGAUCGUACAGGUCCUCCUUGACAGAGGCGCCGACGUUCGAGCGGAGGGCGGGACAUUUGGAGGCGCACUGCAGGCGGCGGCCUACAGAGGUCAUACAGCGGUUGUGGACCUCUUGCUCGACAGAGGCGCCGACGUGAAUGCGCAACACGGCAAGGUAGGGUCGGCCCUACAAGCCGCUGCUUCCAAACAACACUUGGACACGGUGCAGUUACUC